GUGACGAUCAUCAUCUACCUGUCAGUGGUGGGCUCUCUGCUACUCUACAUGUUGUUCCUGCUGCUGGUUGAACCUCUCAUCCGUAAACAUGACCCCUACAUCCAACCCCUUCACAACGAGGAGGACUCUGAGGUAUAUGAACAGAUAUACACCACACAGAGGAAAAACACUGGGGUUGGUAGGUGAAGAUAUGGUCUCUGCUUCUUAACAUCUGCAACACAAUGUUACGUCUGUCGGGAGGCUGUGGGAUGUGAGGGUUAUGAGGAACAAUUCUACUGGUUUGCUCGUUUUUGCGUCACAAACACUCUCUCUGUCUCUGUCUCUCCCUCUCCGUCUCUGUCUCUCUCUCCUCUCUCUCUCUCUCCUCUCUCUCUCUCUCUCUCUCUCUCUCUCUCUCUUACCCCCCCCCCCCCCUCUCUUACAGGACAUGCGGCCACAGCCUUUGUAUGCUGCUGCUGCCCAGGGAGGCAGAGGUAACACGGUACUGGAACGGGUAGAGGGGGCCCAGCAGCAUUGGAAAAAAACAGGUCCAGGAACAGCGCAAGAAUGUCUUUGA